AUGCAAGCUUCAAAGAACAAAAAUACAGAAAAGGCAGAACCAUUUUACAGGCUUUCAGUGCCAAAGCAGAAGACCAGUUCUGAGAUUAUAAAUGAAGCCAGGAAUGUUCUCCGAACACUAAGAACUUGGAGGCCGUUUACACCUACAGAGGGUCAAAGGAAACUUUUUGGAUCUGGAUCCUCACGAGCUCCUCAGAAUAGACCUCCUUCAGUUUUUAGUCUUCAUGCAUCCAGUUUUGAUUUGGCUGAAUCAAGACCAGUGUCUGGUGUUCGUCUUAGCCCACUGGAUCAUAAACCAAUAGUAGUCACUUUUGCAAAAGAUGAAGAUUCUUCCUUUUCCCUUCCAAAACCUCCUGCCAAUGCUGCAGAGGUUAGAAAAGUCAGCAGUGCUCGGGCACGCUUAUUUAGAAGAACUUCUCAGGGAAAUUACCUUUCUGCUAAAAUUGUUUCUCCUGAUCAGAAUGAAGAGAAGCUAGAUUCUGAAGAUCCAGCUAUGAUGAGUAAUCUUUGCAGAAGUAAUGAUAACUGCUUAGCAGAGCAAAGGUCCUACACACCAUUUAAUGAUGAAAGUAGACAAUUAAUUUGUAAUGAACAUAUCAACAGAUUGGAAAGGGAAGACUUCCUAAAAGGGACAGCAGGAAAAUUUUUAUUUCAGCUGAGGGGAGAAAGGUCAGUAUUGCUUGACACAAAUGUCAACAGUGAUGGCAGAUUUGCUGAUGAAGAGCAACAGUUUCCCUGUGACCAGAUGAAAAAGCCUGGCACAAGUUCAUCACGGCCAAGGAGUACAGGCUGGAAGAGAAGAGUAACAGACUUAGAGGAUGAAACAAGAAUAAACGAAUCAGAAGAGGAAGAAAUCUUUUGGCAUAUAAAGAUUCUACCAAUUCUCCAUGAACUGGAAAAAGAAGACAAUAUAGAAAAUCUUUGUCUGGCUUGCACCAAGCUCUAUCAAGCCUUGAAUGAAGGAAAUAUGCUUGGAAAAAGAUUUAAAAGAAGAAGUGUGCUUCUGAAGACGUUAUAUAAACUUGUAGACAUUGAUUCAGAUCCACUUUGCCUGAAGCUGGCAAAGAUUAUUCUGUCUAUCAAAGUGGAUGGAAAAAAUCUUCUCAGUGUUUGCAAGCUUGCAUUUAAAAUUUGCAGGAAUGAAAAAAAUGAUCACAUCAUUCAAAAUGAUAGCUUAUUGGAUUGUUUGUUGGAGGUCCUGAGAACUGAAGAUCUGCAAAAAAACAGCGAAGCUCUCCUGUAUUGCAUGGGAGCGAUAAAAUUCAUGUCUGGAAAUGCAGUACUCCUUAAUGAAAUGGUCAACAAAGGUGCUGUUGAAAUGCUGCUGCAAUUAAUGAAGCAGAUUAAUAAUAUAAAAGAAAAUGACACAUAUUUCUCCAACUUGGGCCAUCUAUUAGUCCAGCUGACAGCUACUUUGCGAAACUUGGCUGACUUACCUCUGGCAAGACGCCAACUCAUUUGCAAUGGUGCGGUCUCUGAGCUCUCUGUGGCGCUAGAGCAGCGUAUGAAUGAUAUGGAUGUAUGCACCUAUAUUGUCAGGAUAUUCAGCAAACUUUCUUCCUACAAUGACUUCUGCGCAGCUUUAGCGGACUGCUCCAGAUGUUACAUCUUAUUUUUAGCCCUACUAAACAAAUACCAGAAGCAGCAGGAUUUGGUUAUCCGUAUCAUCUUCAUUCUUGGUAAUUUAACAGCAGAGAAUAACCAGGCCCGUGAGCAAUUUUUUAAAGAAAAAGGAAGUGUUAACACCUUGAUAUCAUUAUUCCAAACCUACCAUGAACUUGAUUUGAAUGCACAGAAAUCGUACUAUGAAAGAGGAGGGGAAGGAAAAAACCACCCAAAGCACCCUUCAGAAGCAGAAGAUGUUCUGAUAAAACUGAUAAGAGUGCUGGCCAAUCUCUCCAUUCAUCCCAGUGUAGGAGCAGCUCUGGCAGCUGCCCAUCGUGUUGUAGAAUUACUUGUUACAGUACUAGAAUACAAGUCAGUUGAUGACUGUGAGGAAUUGGUCACCAAUGCUGCAACAACAAUCAACAAUUUAUCCUACUACAAAGUGAAGAAUUCUGCUGUUCAAGACAAGAAGCUACAGAUUGCUGAAAUGCUUUUAAAGCUGUUAAUGAGCAACAAUAUGGAUGGAAUUGUGGAGGCUGUCAGAGUCUUUGGCAAUCUUUCCCAGUAUCAUGAGAUCUGUGACUUCAUCAUACAGAAAAAGAUUUACAAGUUCGUGAUUGCUUUACUUGAUGCCAAGAACCAAGAUGUCUGUUUUUCUGCUUGUGGAGUUCUGCUCAAUCUCACAGUAGACAAGAACAAACGAGCUCUUCUGAUGGAAGAAGGAGGAAUUGGAAAGUUAGUUGACUGUUUACGAGACUUUGGGCCGGCUGACUGGCAGCUGGCUUGUUUGAUAUGCAAAACCCUGUGGAACUACAGUGAAAACAUCACGAGUGUGGCCUCAUGCUUUGGAGAAGAUGCCGACACGUUGCUGGUGCUGCUCACGGCACUUUUAGAUGAAGAGCUAGCGUUGGAUUACAGCCUCGACAGAGAUUUAAGGGACUACCACAAACUAUAUUGGGAAAGAGAGUUCAAACCUGUGGCAGAAAAACUUCUUGACAGAAUUCAAAGCCAUCGCUCCUUUCUUCCAGCUGUGACUGUUCCUCCAUUUUGA